GAAUUCUCCAGUAAAAUCAUUUUCUAUCUAGAAAACUCUCGAGCGGAUGUAAACACCAUAUUUAAACUGUUGAAUUUUAGCUAAGUGUUAGAUUUGGUGAUAGAAUCUUGCUGUUGUUAUUAUUUUUCUAACAGUUUUGAGUCUUAAGCUAUUUGUGAAUUACUCGGUGAGUUUGAACUGUGAUAGAUAUUGUUCUACUUUAAAAUCUAAGAUAUUUCUGUGUUGCUUAGUGAGUUUGACAAAUUGUUUUGUGAUCUCUCAACAUGUUGGCCUCUCGAAUUCUUCGUGACCUCUACGAUCCUUUUGAACUGCGAUCACCUAGAUUAGGACUGUUUGACGACUAUUUUCAACCAGCUCAUAUACAUCUGAACAUAGUUCACCCUCGACAACGUCAAACCGGCACUUCGUCAACUGAUGAUUCCAACAACUUCAAAAUGAUGCUAAACGUUAAACAUUUCAGACCCGACGAAAUUGACGUUAAAACAGUUGACGAUUAUGUAGUGGUUCGCGGGAAACACGAGGAGCAAGCAGAUGAACAUGGUUUUGUUUCCAGAGAAUUUACCAGACGCUACAAACUACCUGAUGAUGUCGAGCCUGAUAAAGUGGUCACUUCUCUCAGCCAGGAUGGAAUUCUGACCAUCAAAGCACCCAGGAAACAGCUAGAGCCUCCUCCUAAAAAUGAACGAGUUGUACCGAUUACUAUUCAGAAACCAGCUGUUGUUGAAGAAGCUCAGAAACAACAACAAAUGCAGGAACAGGCUUCUGCGGAAGAAAACAAAUGACUGGUGAACUGUUAAGUUGAACUGUUAGUUUGCUACAUUGUGUAAAUUUUUGUAAAUGAUCUUCGUUUACUAUUUUUCUGUGAUAUCAUCCAAGUCUUUAUCAGCAUAGUUCAAUACUGUGGAAUAAUUAUUUCAAAUAAAGGUUAAGUGAGUAAAAAA